CACACAAACAGUGAACAGCGUCUUGUGCCCCUGCAAACAAUCUCUCCAACCCCUCAACUUCACUAUCCUAUCCACCACAACCCAUACACAAUGAACAAUGACAGCCUCCCACGUACCACGUCGAGUCCAUUCACUCGUGUCUCAAACCCGCCUCGCUCCUCCACAGUGCCGGCCCCGCCAGAGCUCAACCUUGGGUGGAGAGGCGUUAUCGGCAUGACGUCGGUAUUCCAGCCCACCCUCAGUUCUUGAUUUCUUGGCGCCUGCGCCGUCCGCAGCACCACGCUCCAUCUCCUCUCGGUCGACCUCUUCAUCUCAAGACAUGGGGCAUGGAGCACUGGUGACAUUGCUCACUUGCUCAAUCGCCUCCCAUCGACUUCGAGACGCCCUCGAUUGUGACUAAUGAUGGGACUGAGCUCGAUAUCCACCUCGGCCCUCGCCCUCCUCCUCGUGCUCGCCGGGAGUGCGACAGCCGACACAUGUACCCAGAACCGCCUGCACACGACGUACCCGGCCCCAGUCGCAGCCGAUGGGUGGUCGUACCGCCUGAUCGCCCACGGGCUCCAACGACCCCGUAGCAUCCUCUUCGACGACAGCGGCGCGCUCCUCGUUCUCGAGUCGGGCAAGGGCGUCACGCGUCUCACAUUCAACGAUAGCGGCGGGAGCUGUCUCGGCGUCAAGGAGCACAAGACGGUAGUGGCCAAUACCGCGCUCAACCACGGCCUGCAGAUCCUCAACGGCUCGCUGCUGGCUAGCACGGAUAACGACGUCCUGUCAUGGCGGUACGAUGCCGGUGCGGGCAGUGUGGACACGGCGAGCCAGCAGGUGCUGGUGACCAACAUGACCAACUCUGGACACAAGACGCGCACUCUUCUCGUGACAUCUCGCUCACAGCUGCUCGUGUCGCGCGGCAGUGCAGGCAAUGCCGAUCCAGCAGCCGUUGAGAAGACCACUGGCCACUGCCAUAUCCGCGCGUUCACUCCGUCGUCGACGACGGCCGACUUUGCCAGCGGCGGCGAGACGGUCGGCUGGGGGCUGCGCAACAGCGUCGGCAUCGCCGAGCACCCGGACGGUGGAAUCUGGUCGGUUGAGAACAGCGUCGACAACUUGUCACGGCAGGGCACCGACAUCCACAAGGACAACCCCGGCGAGGAGCUCAACUACCACGGCAACGUUACGAACCUGCGCGGCGCGAACCACGGCUACCCGCUCUGCUACGCGCUCUGGGGAAAGGACGGGUUCCCGAACCUAGGCAGCCUGUCUGUCGGGGACCAGUUCGCGGUAGAGGCAGCAGAGGGCGUAAACGUUUCCCCGCCGACCGAUGCUCAGUGCAACACGGACUACGCGGCGCCGGCGCUUGCCUUCCAGGCGCACACUGCCCCGCUGGACAUCGUGUUCGACAAGAAUGGGAGCAACGCUUACAUUACGUUCCACGGAAGCUGGAACCGAGAGUCGCCGGUAGGAUACGCCGUCAGUCGCGUCGCGUUCGCCAACGGCCGCCCGGUCGAGGGGCAAGCGAGCACGCAGGCAGUGACGGAUAUCCUCCGUAACGCGGAUAUCAGCGGCUGCCCCUCCAAGUGCUUCAGGCCGGUCGGUCUUGCGUGGGACUCGGCUGGCAGGCUGUGGUUCUCGAGCGACUCGACAGGCGAGAUCUUCGUGCUGGCUCAUGGAGGCGACGCUUUCGCCGGAGACGGCGGAGACAGCGGAGCCGGGGCGACGAGAGCAUCGCUUGCCGCUAUUGUCGGCGCUGUGGCGGCCUCCUGGCUCCUCACCAGGAUCUGACCGCGUUCAACACGCCGAGGACUCGCGACAAGCACAUGAUAAUACGACACGGCCAAGCGGACAAGUGCAAACCAGCCAUGCGCUCGAUCGCUUUGUUCCAUGGUGCCGCCUGUACGCACCUUGACGAUCC